UUGCGAAUCGGACAUCAAUUCUAUUGCGAGCGUUGAACAGUCAGUAUCAGAAUCAGUCUACUCCAAACAUGGCCUACGAAACUCUGCUCAACAGCACGUACAGUCCUGUGUGCGUUAAAAAGACCUACACCCCAUCGAAGGCCGUUAAGAAGAUCCUCAAAAUGGCCUGUAAACUGCUAACGACAUCGUCCACCACCUCCAAGGGGCACAGGGAGCUCAAGAACACGCCAACCCACACUCAGCAGCCUCAAAUACUCGUGCUCAGCGAAGAAGAAUUACAGAACUCCCAAAACGAAGAGUGGGAAGCAGCGGCGCCCGCGCCACUUUUGCAACUGUGAUCGAGCGAGAGGAUCGUCCUGAACAUCUAGAAACAGCUUUAAGACUACGCCGGAAUCGGUCUCUAAAUAUCCGAGCAGCUUUAACGCCCCACUCAACAAGUGGAAAUUACUUAAAUGCAGCCAACUAAGCUUUAAUCAUUGUCUUCCAUCUAUGUAAAUUUAAGUGACUGAA